GCAGAGUUCUAAUAAAGAACCUGCGUUUUGUUGUUGCUGUCAUUGUUCUGACCCAGUGUCUGUCAUAUUGAAAGCGUUGAUCUGAAGCCAAGCCGUCGAUCUGACGUCAUCACCAGCGUGUGUUUCCAUUCAUGGACAAAGAGAAGUGCAGCGACAUUCGUCCUCAGUGCUCCUGGAUGGAGGUGCAUCAGUUCAUUGGUGACCUUAUCACAUCUGGAAACGCCUUGCAGGAUCAGCCAGAUGUGCUGAACGCAGCGUGGGGGUUGGCUGGCGGUGGUGGUGGUGUUGAGGCUCUGCGGUUCAAAGGUCCUUCACUUGAACCUCUGCAACAACUGCGACCUGCCCGGGACAAGCCCGAGGCAGAGCCGGGCCGACAGAUCCAGCCUGGGGCAUCCCAGAGGAAGGGAGAGGCCAGAGACAAGAGAGGAGAUGUGCAUAACGCCUGCACCUGCCCUGGCUGCCCUUCCGCCACUUCUCCACCUUCCUUUGAGACUUUAAAACCGAGGCAACCUUUGCCCGUACCCCGUCACUCGGAUGCGGUGUGCCACCCCAAAGACCUCAGCAGUGCUGCUCCAAUGAGUCUCAACAUGUGCUUACCAGACACCCCUGAACCAAGCAGCACCACAUCCGAGCUAGAGACCAGGGCUACCAGUCGCCCGCAGAGGGAGGAUGAAGAGAGAGGGACCGCAGAGCAGACUCCUCCGUCCAGAGCGUCCUCCUCAGGCUCCUUCCCCCACCUCUCCAUGUUUCCCUGCUUGUGUUGCCAUCGCGGCCUACAAACCUGCAGCCAGAUUCUGAGCCACCAAGAAGGCACAGACUCCCUGUUUGCUCGCACCCGCGGCCAUCAUCCCUUUCAUCACCACCACUGUCCUGUGACCUCUUGUUUACCCUGCCCUCAGCUAGCGCGCUCUCAUGCUCCACAGUUCUCUGGCCCUUUUCCCUGCUUGGCCUGCCAGGGCUCCUUUCCUACCUGUACUCAGGUCUGCCAGCACCACCAGCACAGACAAACACACACUCAGCAACAAGGGGAAAGAGGUAGGGCGGCUACGACCAUGCUGCCUCUUCAUCCCUGUAUGCACUGCUCUGCAUCUUUUUCCAGACCGUCCCAGCUGCUGCAGCACCAGCGCUCCGAGCACGCCCAAAAACCAUCCGGCUUCCUCUGCACAGAGUGCGGCAGGGCCUUCAACUCACACAGCAACCUCCGCAUCCACCUCAAUGUGCACACCGGCGCCCGGCCCUACACCUGCUCUGACUGCGGGAAGAGUUUUAGCCAGUCAGGGGCUCUGAAGAUCCACAGGCGGAUUCACACUGGCGAAAGGCCAUAUUCCUGUGGAUUUUGCGGCAGGGGGUUUCCCCAUCUGGCGGGGGUCCGGGCCCAUCAGAGGACCCACACAGGAGAGAAACCCUACUGCUGUAGCCAGUGUGGGAAAUGUUUCACCCAGUCAGGAGCUCUUAAGAUUCAUAUGCGCAUCCACACAGGAGAGAGGCCCUUCAUCUGCAGCUUUUGUGAGAAAAGCUUUUCCAACCGCUCCGGGAUCCGCUUCCACUACCGCACAGUCCACGGACUGGCCCCCGAACAUGCCAGAGAAGCUGGAGCUGGGGAUGCAUAUCGGGGAUCAGCCGGCCGUGGUUGUCCACCCGGGCGUCCCAGGACUUUUCCUCCAUCUGGCGUUUUGCUAAAUACACCUAACAUUUUAGAUAGCAACUCACACACAGCUCCAAAGUCCGGAGAGUCUCCUGUGUUGACGGCUGCUCAUGCUGCUAAUGACAGCAAAUCUCAGUCAGCGGGAGCAAACCCAGGCAGCAACAGAGAGGGCCUUCUGUAUGCAUGUGAAGACUGUGGCCUGCGCUUUAAGGACGCCCCGUCCAGAAACGGGCACCAGACUCUGAUGCACUACUCGUCCGAGGGGAGAGAGGAGGAGGAGGAGGAGGAGGAGGAGGAGGAACAGGAACAGGAGGAACAGAGGAAAGAGUUAAGCACAAACCAGAGGGUCCACGAUAACAGUCGAGAGUGAAUU